AAUCAGGUGCUAUUUUCACAUUUGGAAAAAGCAGAUUUGCAGACGAUAUUCCUAGCAAGUUCUGGUUCAAAAAUGACAAGCCUGUACUUAUAUCAUGUGGAGAUGAACAUACCGCUAUUGUUACAGGGAAUGGUAAACUAUACAUGUUCGGCAGUAACAACUGGGGCCAAUUAGGACUAGGAUCAAAGAACACUGUCAGCAAACCGACAUGUGUUAAAGCUUUAAAACCAGAAAAAACAAAACUUGCUGUUUGUGGAAGAAACCACACUUUAGUUUACACAGAAAAAGGAAAUGUGUAUGCUGCAGGAGGUAACAAUGAAGGUCAGUUGGGAUUAGGUGACACAGAGGAAAGGACCACGUUUCAUUUAAUUAGUUUUUUUACCAACCAGCACAAAAUCAAACAGCUAGCAGCUGGAUCAUACACCUCAGCAGCAGUAACUGAGGAUGGGCAGCUUUUUGUGUGGGGUGACAAUUCGGAAGGUCAGAUUGGCUUGGCUGAUGAAGCUUGUGUCAGUGUCCCUUGUCAAGUGGAUGUUGGAAAACCUGUUUCCUCUGUAUCCUGUGGAUAUUAUCACUCUGCCUUGAUAACAGGAGAUGGUGAGCUCUAUACUUUUGGAGAACCUCAGAAUGGGAAACUGGGAUUAUUGCCUGAACAGCUGAAGAACAAUAGAGUCCCACAGCCCGUACUGGGAAUUAUGGAAAAGGUUAAUAAGGUUGCUUGUGGUGGAGAACACACAGUGGUGCUGACAGAGACAGAUGUAUAUACUUUUGGACUUGGACAAUAUGGGCAGCUGGGACAUGGUACUUUUCUUUUUGAAACUUCAGUACCAAAGUCUGUGAAACACUUGAAGAGGCAUAAAAUAUGUAACAUUGCAUGUGGGGAAAAUCAUACUGCUGUAAUAGCAGAGAAUGGCCUCAUGUUUACUUUUGGAGAUGGGCGACAUGGCAAGUUAGGCCUUGGAGAAGUGAAUUUUACAAACCUGUUUGAUCCCACUCUAUGUUAUAAUUUCUUGAGAUUCACAGUCCUUUUGGUUGCUUGUGGUGGUUGUCACAUGCUAGUUUUUGCUGCUCCAAGACCUAAAGGAUCUGAAGAAGUACUCUUAGAUUUAUAUGACAGCCGUUUGACUGCUACUGUCUCUAAAAUGAGUGGACACUCACUACUAACAAACACCUUACAACUAACAUCAGCACGAAUACGACGUCGAGAGAGGGAAAAGUCGCCAGAACAGUUUAUUCGAAUGGCACGAACUCUGCCUCCACUGGGAGAAAACUUUUUAAAAUCUUCACUACCUGUGACUAGCAACACUAGCCCACUCCGUUUUUGUGCAAUAAGUCUUCCUAAAGCUGAACCUAUGAAGGAUAGAGACCAUGAAAAAGAAAAGAAUCAUCAAAAAGAUAAACCUGGUGAAGGCUGUGCAGAAGAAGAUUCAGAUAAUGAAAAUAAUGACAGAAACCUUGGAGAUACAACUGACAUCCUAAAUAUGACACAUGCAAUGAAAUUGAAUCCCAGUGACCAGUCCUUAAAAUUAUCACCACUCCAAAAAAAAAAGGAAAAGGAGGAACAGGUUAAAAGUGAGGGAAGAGAUGAGAGUCAGGAAGGAAGUGAAGAUACAGAGGGGGACGAAGAAAAAGAGAUAGAGGCAGAAGAAGAAGGAGAAGAUGAAAAGGAAAAUGAAGACGAAAACAAAGAAAGGGAGGAUGAAAAAGACAAAGAGAGUGAAGAGGAGUUAGGAGAAUCAUUGGCAGGGAGGGAAGAAGAGGAACAGGAAGAGGAAGAUGGAAAUAGGACUAAGGAGGUGAGGGAGGAUGGAGUGGAAGAAGGAGAAGAGGGGGAGGAUGAAGUAGAAGAGGAAAGAGAUGAGAAGGAGGAAGAGGAAGGAGCAGAGGCAGAAGGAGAGGGGGAGAAGGGGGAAGAAAAUGAAAACAAGGAAGAAGAGGAGUGGGAAAAUGAAGAAGGAGAAGAAGAUGAAGAGAGAGAAGAGGUGGAAGAAGAUGAGGGAGUAGAGGAGGAACAAGAAGAGGGAGUGGAAGAAGAUGAGGGAGAAGAGGGAGUGGAAGAAGAUGAGGGAGAAGAGGGAGUGGAAGAAGAUGAGGGAGAGGAGGAAAGAGAGGAAGAAGAGGAAGAAGGAGGGGAGGAUGAAGAAGAGGAAGAGGGAGGGGAGGAAGAAGAAGGGGAAGAGGAAGAAGAAGGGGAAGAGGAAAGGGAGGAAGAAGAGGGAGAAGAGGAAGAAGGGGAAGAGGGAGAAGAGGAAGAAGGGGAAGAGGGAGAAGAAGAAAAAGGGGAAGAGGCAGAAGAGGAACAAGAAGGGGGAGAAGGAGAGGGGGAAGAAGGAGAAGAAGAGGAAGCAGAUGUGGGAGAGGAGGAAGAAGAGGAUGAGGGAGAGGAGAAGGAAGGAGAGGAAGAGAAAAGCAAAACCAGGAAGCCAGAGAAGACAGAAGGUAGUGCUUUACCAAACAACUCUAAACAAAAAAUGAAGUCCAAACAGCAUGUCGCAAAUGGUUUACAUAAUUCAGAACAAUUUUGGAACAAUGUGCUACCUCAUUAUUUAACACUAAAGUAG